GGGGGCUGGGGCUGCGCCGUGUGGCGGCUCGCGCGCGGCGGGGUACAUCCGUGGCUGGGCCUGUGCUGUGCCCGCGGAAAAGAGUUCGUGUGCGCGAGGUGUCGGAGGCGCGGCCGCCCCGAGCGCUUCUCGUGCCGGCAUGAGCCCGCGUGGCCGGGCGGCGCCUCCUACCUGUGCGCACGGCCGGCGCACGGGCGCCAUGGCGGCAGCCCCCUCCCGUGCCGCCGGCCAGCCGUGAGGACGCCGGAAGCUGCCACUUGCUUCCAUCAAACUUUGAGCGAAUAUCGUUAAGACUUUGUGAGGAGGGAGGGCGGACAGGCCACCUGUCAGGGCAGGCUGGCUCCUCAAAGCUGCCCGGGGAAGGGGGAAGAACCACUUCAGCCCGCCCGGCUUGCGCGGUCCCUCCGGCCGGCCGGUCUGGCCGUGCGGAAACGCGGCCGCCGCCAUUUGCUGCCCGGGCAGCGGGGCGGGCCCCGUCGGGCCUUGCCAGGCGAGGGGCUGCCCGGGCAGCGGGGCGGCCGGCCGGCCCCGCCCCUGACGCAGCAGGGGGCGGGUGGCGGAGGCCGAGCCGGGCGCCCUGGGGCCGGGCCGGAGCGGCGGCCGGGCGGCCGCCAUGGGAGCGCUCCUGUGGUGGGACCAGCUGCGGGCCGGCAGCUCGGAGGUGGACUGGUGCGAGGACAACUACACCAUCGUACCCGCCAUCGCCGAGUUCUACAACACGGGUUGUGCAGUAUCCUGCACUCUGACAUUGCCAGGUGCCCCUGUUGUCUGCCUCCUGCCAUCUCAAUUUGUGAAUGACAAAGGCGAAAUUCACCACCUUGAUGGGAUAAGCAACGUCUUGUUUUUUGUUUUACCACCCAUAUGUAUGUGCUUGUUCCGUCAAUAUGCAACCUGCUUCAACAGUGGAAUAUAUUUAAUAUGGACUCUGCUAGUUGUGGUUGGAAUUGGAUCUGUUUACUUUCAUGCUACCCUUAGUUUCCUGGGCCAGAUGCUGGAUGAGCUGGCUAUUCUCUGGGUCCUGAUGUGUGCUCUUGCCAUGUGGUUCCCCAGGAGAUACCUGCCCAGAGUUUUUCGGAAUGACAGGAGCCGGUUUAAAGCUGCUGUGGGUGUCCUGUCUGGAGUUACUACCUGCCUUGCCUUCAUUAAGCCUGCCAUCAACAACAUCUCGCUAAUGACUCUGGGUGUUCCCUGCACAGCUUUACUCAUUGCUGAAUUGAAGAGGUGUGAAAACCUGCGUGUGUACAAACUGGGUCUCUUUUCAGGUCUUUGGUGGAUGCUAGCACUUUUCUGCUGGAUCAGUGACAAAGUAUUUUGUGAGAUCUGGUCAUCAGUUAACUUCCCCUAUUUGCACUGUGUAUGGCACAUUUUGAUUUGCCUUGCGGCGUACCUGGGCUGUGUCUGCUUUGCUUACUUCGAUGCAGCCUCCGAGAUCCCUGAGCAGGGCCCUGUCAUAAAGUUCUGGCCCAGUGAAAGAUGGGCUUUCAUUGGGGUUCCUUACGUCACCCUCCUCUGCGCGCAUAAGAAAUCACCCGUGAAGAUCACAUGAAGUUGACUGUGGAAUGGGGAUGGAGUUUCAACAUACAUUCAAGCACAGAAGUUAUUUAAAUAAUAAUAAAUGAGUAGAGUUGUAUUUUAUCUUCUUCCUAAGAUGUGCAGCACUUCAGGUGUCAUAGAAAGAGGAGACAAGUGUGUUCUUUCCUCUCUCUGGUUAGGAGAGAGGAAACAGGAAGGUGGAGGCUCUUGAACACUAAAGUAACCACCAACUUCUCUGGUUGACUCUGUUUUGCACUGUGUUUUCAAUGUAGCAUUUCUCUUGAUAAAAGCUCUUUCCAAAUACGGGAGUCAAGACGUGGCGUUUCUGCAGUAGGUCACCUCUGAUGCUUGAUUCAUUUCUUUUGUAACUUCUGGCUUAAGGCCUUUGCGAAGGUAGCCGGUCCAAGAUGCUAUCUUGUGUUCUUCUCAGCUCUGUUUUUUGGCGUGGGUGCACAUGGCCACAAGUGUGCUCGAAGGAUAUGCUCCUCCCAGGCCGGCUGUGCAUCACAUUGGGUCACUGAGUACCUGGUUGUUUCCCAAAGUACAACAGGAGACCAGUGCAAAGUGUUUGCAACUGGAUAACUGGAUCAGUGCAGUUAAGCAGUGAAGAACUGACAGAAGAUUCAGUCCCUAGAAAUAAAUAGGAGCUCGAGGGUUUUGGCUUCUUCUGUGUUUCCACUGACCUGUGGACAAUUUUAUGCUGCAUAUUUCCAUCUUACUGAAAUGUUACAGAAAUCCCUCUCUACCUCUACAAACAUGUUUGGUCUUGAAUUUGGCCUUGAAGCUCACACAGAAGUGUGAACAUUAACUUCACUAAGAGCUCAGGUCAGCAUGGAUUGACAGUUUGAGUAAACUGUAAAAACUCUUAGGUGCCUAGCUGUACAUCUGAUUUGAGAGUUAACUUCUCACCAGUGCAUUGCAAAGUGAUGCAAAAGUCCAGUGCUCUGCUAGGAAUACUUAAGGAAAAAGUAGACAACCACUUAAAAGCCAAGACUUAAAUUUCAGUGAGCAAUGAAAUGUGACAUCAAGUCUUCCAUUCUUACGAAAGAAUAGUAGAUUCAAAUUUUCCGGCCUGUUUUGUGAAGAUAAGGGAUGUCUAGAUCCAGUUAGUUUUAAGGUUGUACUUUGGGGUUGAGGUUCAAGAAUGGCUAUGGUUCUUCCAAGCAGUUUAUGCUAGAUCUGUUUAAAAAAUGAUGCAAAGUGCUGGCAUGUUUUUCAAAUAUUAUUAAUUGUAGGUGGCAAUAGCUGCAGUCCUGGAGAAAAACAGGUUCUGCUUACAUUCCACCUAGUAUCAGAAUGUAAGUGGGUUGAGGCUUUGGAUGUACACUUUUAUUAUUAUGCGAUGUUUCCAUUUGGAAUAUUAGACAAGAAAAUACCAUUUUUCCUGUGCUUUACUAAGAAGUCUCAUGUUGUACUUGCUUUUUAUCAAUGUGAAAAUGUACUCUCUACAGUAUCAUCCAUACAAAGUGGCUUUUAACAAAAACUUUGGCGUGAAGUAACUUUCAAGUAUUGUAAAACCUUUCAGAUAACUUUUGUAUUCAAAUUUAUUCUUAGAAAACAAGAGCUAAGGUGUAUGCUGUUAUACUUAAAGGGAAGUUGUUAGCGGGAGAUAUGAGUGUCUUGAGAACUGCAAAGCAGGUAAGUAGCUAUGGUCACAUUGACUGACAUCAUAAAAGCAGCAAAAUCUGUCCACUGGAACAAUGAAGAUUUAUACCACUUGCUAGUAUAUUUGUCUGAGAGAAAUGUAUUUUUUGGACACACAGUGAUAAAAUUUUUGUAUGAAGCUUGUUUGUAAAAAUUCAUACAGUAGUAUCUGUUACUCUUUGAAUCACAGAUGCUUUUUCCUUUUCCUUCCUCCCUCCCUAAUUAUGAAAUGUUCAGUUUCAAACACUUCUCAGGUAUUAAAAGUCAUAUGAUUAGAUGCUUAUACAGAUAGGCUUGCUGGCUGGAACCCAGCUAAGAUUGCUAAUGCCUGACAUAGCUCUAGUUUGAGUAUGAUUUCUUAUAUUGUGUGGUAAAUUAUUAUGUUAUGGUAAAUAAGUUAUUUUCAGUAUUGCUUGGGAAAUUAGUAACUGCAGACAAAAUGUACUAUUCAAAAUUACUGGAGCCUUCCUACUUAAUAUUUUGUUUGAAAGCGACCUCUCUGACACAAAGGACUCUAAGCAGCGUGCUGUCAACUACUGUGCUCUACUCCGCAGAGUCUGACUCCUCACAAAUAAGUUAUUUUAUAAUUUAAAAAAUAGCAGUAGUACAUUUGGCUACUGCAGAGGUGACUGAAUGCAGUUACAGGCCAAGAAUCAUCUCCUGGACUUUUAUUAACUUAGCUUUAGCCUUUGUACUUUUCAUAGGAGAUUCUGUGAACAAAAAUCACUAUCUGAUAUUCAAAGCUCCAAUACAGAACUGUUUCGGAGUAUUCCACUGUAACAGCAGCCCACCACUUUUAGCUGUAGCUACUGCACUUUACAUUAAACUAAUACUAACUUCUAUGUUCCGACAAAAGCUACAUUUAUUAUAAAAAGAAAAAAAAAACGCAAUUUUUACCAGAUUCACAGCUUUACAGAUUGCACUUUGAACCAAGGCUCCAGUUCACGAUAACAUUAGUACCCAAAGAAAUAUGUGACUGGCAUACAGAGAGGUUUUUGCACUGCCCUGAUCAUGUGGAUGAAUAGACAUGUGCACAAGUAGCCAUGUUACGUUGGAAUAUAAAGUGAUUUAUUUGCACCCUCAGGUUUCAAAACCCCAGGAUGCUUUCUUCCCUUGCUGGUAGGAAGUGAGUGGGUUCCUAGUCUUAUGUUCAAUUAGUAUUUUAGUUUAAUUAGUGGGAUGCCUUUAGUGUCUUGGGCAUAACAUAGAUUCUGUGUAUUGGUGUGUGAUAUCCAUCAUUCGUUGAAUGUUAAACUUCAGGUUAAGAAAGGAUAUUUAGCUCUCAGUGAUGGCAAACCCUUGCUCAAUUCACAGUCACUAAAACAGAAUAAAUAUUAUGUAUGGAGUGGUUUGGGGGUUUUUUUUCCAUCUCCGUUGAAGUUUGUAUACUGAAUUUUUGUGGAAAGCAUGUAAUACUUUGCAACAUUAAAUUGCAUUUGGAAUAAA